AUGCCACCCAAAUCACCUCUCUGGGAGCAUUUCUAUGCCAAUCAGACAAAAUACAAGGGCAACAGUACUCACAACAACACAUGGUGCAAGUAUUGUGUCCAGGCACAUAUCUGCGCAAAGCAGGAGGCAGACCACAAAGCAGUUGAAAGGGGAGAGUGUCGCUUUGUGCGCUCAGAAAAGGACUUUUUAGAGGAUGGUUCUGUGUAUCUAGCUGUGUACCCCAAAGUGGGGAAGAUUGACACCCUCAAGUCCCACCUGUUAAAGGGCUGCGAGCACAUACCUGCAGAAGUUAGAGCUGAGCUGGAUCGAAGCCUUAAACGACCUACCCCAACAGUCACGCCGAAUGCAAGCUUCUCCAAGGCUGUGCCCACCCAACCAGCAGACACAGAGAAUGGCCGAGGUCCCAAGCAAAGGAAGGCGAGUGGGGAGCGGGAUGUUUUCGAGAGUGACUUGGUUAAUUGGUUCGUCGCAUGUGGCAUCCUGUGGAAUGCCGCAAAUAACCCACAAACUCGUGAUUUCGCCACGAAAUGGCUUCCGGAUGAUGUUGUUGUUCCAGAUCGACAUGUACUUAGUGGGCGCGUCUUGACCUCACAGGUUGCUAAAGUUGAGGAUCACAUCCGGGAGAAGGUGAAGGGGAAGUUGGCCACGGGGCAGUGCGAUGGGUGGAAGAACAUUGCAAAAACAUCUGUGGUUACGACGGUGAUGAGUGUCGAGAAUGAGCCUUAUCUCGUCCGUACACACGACAUGACUGGUGAACCAAAAACGGGGGUUCGUCUCCUUGAGCUGGUACUGGACGAUAUCAACUAUAUGAAAACAAAGUAUGGCAUGGACCUCAUUGCCUGGUGUACCAAUGAUGGCCCUGAUGGCAAAAAGAUGUGGCGGCUACUGGGUGUGAUGCUUCUGUGGAUGAUCAUUAUUGUCUGUUGGGCCCACCAGAUCAAUCUCAUUGUCGGGGAUUUCUUGGGAUCAAAGGAACCAUACUUGAAGUGUAUCAAGGAGGGCCUAGAGAUCAUAAAGUGGUUCAACGCGCACAGUGCAGCAUUAGCACUGUUGAACGAUGAACAGAGAUUUAUGUACAAAGGGAAGUGGUGGGCCCUGAUACUCCCUGUCAUCACGCGAUGGACUGCCCAUUAUCUAUCUGUUUCUCGGCUUCUCAAAGUCAAAUCCGCAAUACGAUCCUGCAGCCUUCGCCACGAGGAGACCCUUCACAACUGCGCCGGAAAGGAGGCUAAACUAAAACUUGCAGCCUGUGCUAUCCUGGACACGGUUGCCAACGAUGUGUUCUGGGCAAACCUAGCAAAAGUCAAAGCACUCCUCGAGCCCCUUGCCAUCACAUCAAACAUUAUGCAAGCGUCCCACACCCGCCUAGAUCAUGUUCUUCUCACUCUCGCAAACCUCUUCCGCAUCUACAGCAAAGCCGAAAUUGAUGGUCCAUCAUACUAUGCAAAGGGAGCUGGCAAGUUCUCGGAUGAGGAGAUGAACCUGAAUCAGAUGACAGCUAUGCACUUACAGGAGGUGAGGCCAAUCAUUCGUGUUUGCCGUAAUGCACUCACCAGACUUGCAAUCCGGCUGCUUAGUGUUGUCGCAAACUCGGCAGGCUAUUCCAUUCAAUUAUUGAUCAACGAGGCAGAUCAAGACGACAAUGAUGACUUACCAAAUGUUGAGGAACUGCUGGAAUCAAUCCAGCCAAGUUUCCCUGUUUGUAUGCCUGCCCCAACACCCUCCACCUCCUCCAACCCACCCCAACGACAAGCCCACCGAAAAAUCCCAUUAUCUGACCUAUUUCUGUAUCCAAGUACGACGGAAGGGGAAUUGGAGAGAGGACUUGCUUUUUACUGGAAGGGCGGCAUGAAGAAUCUCGAAGCUGAGCUUGCAAGCUAUGAUGCAGAGCAGGCAAUGGGUGGAGAAGGGGUGAAUAUGGAUCCUGUUGAUACAGUACAUGGGUAG